AGCAAAUUUCUGUGAACGUACUCCGCUCGAUUAUUUUCUCAUUCUUUUGCGUCAAAAUUUGCUGGUCAGUGUUUUUCGUGUAACCAAGUUGAUGGGGUCUCCCUCAAUUCGUAAGCUUGUAAAAACAAUCUAAAAGGUUUUAAAGUUGGCGCUUUCCUGCUGCUGCUGGUGCUUGCAUCCAUUUUCUUCCUUAACAACCCAAAGGAAUACCUAACUUCGUGUGGGGUUCUUUUUUCGGGAUCUCACUUGGUGGCCUAAGAUUGAAUGACCAUCUAAAUCAGGGAACAUCCCACUUCUGAGAUGACGACCUACGCCACCGACAGCCAAGGUAAAUUCAUACCGGCAACUCAGCGACCGGAUGGAACUUGGCGCAAACCUCGGCGUGUCCGAGAUGGCUACAUUCCCCAGGAGGAAGUUCCACUGUACGAGAGUAAGGGUAAACUGUUCGCACAAAAACCUGCUCUGCCACCUGGCAUGUCUCCGGAAAUGGCCCAAAAGAUGAAGGAAAAGCGCGAACAGGAACAAAGAAUUCGCCAACAGCGGGAAGCCGCCGAGGCAGCUCGAAGAAGUGCUCAGAACGCACAGCAUCAAACUCCAGGUUUGCUCAUCCUACAUUCGGACAGUGGAAAUAAACACCAACAAAACCAGUCACAGCAACAGCGCCAGCAAAACGCGAAACCCUCCAAACCCAAAAAGAAAGCUGCCGAACUGCCGGAUGUGCUGCUGGAACAACGACAGCGUGAUGAACAAAAACAGGCCCGUCAAUUGCAACAGAAUCAAAAGACCGCAAAAUCACAACAGACCAAGUCGCAGCAGCUUGACGAUGCUACCAAGACUUUCAACGAUCUCUCCCUGAGCAACAGCAACAGUUUAGGAGGGGAAGCCAGCGAAGGGCAUACCGAUCUCAGUAAAAAGCUAAGAAAACUGCGCAAGAAAAUUCGGGAGAUAGAAAUCAUCGAGGAGCGGUUACGGGUCAGCGACGGACCUCGCCCGGACAAGGAUCAAAUUGAGAAGGCCAAACGGAAGCCAGAAAUUUUGAAGGAAAUCGAGGAACUGGAAAAAACGAUACCCAACUGAUGAUGAUGAUGAUGCUGAAGCUGAUCGGGUCUUCGCUUCACUCAUUCUCCUCAUUCAUUUAAGAAACACGCUCCGGUCCCGAAAUGUUCUGGCUGGCCGAAGCUCUCGGUGUACAAACGAAACGAUAAGCUAUACAGUUAAAUUAUGGUAGUCUGCUCAGCGGUUCACCUUUGAAAAAAUCACACUUUUUGAAGGGUCCUGAAGUAGUGUGAGAGUAUUUUACUUCUUCGUUGAGUUUGAUUGUCUAGAAUGUGUUAUAUUUUCUUUUUCCAUGAAUUUUUUUAACCUUUUCAUGGUUCCACUUUACUUUUUCAAUGUUCCUUUGUGUAUGUGUUUCCUUCUAAUUUUUUUUUUUUCGAUGGCCGCCUAUCGUAGAUUGUUCAAAAUUUAAUCUUACUCCCAUCAACCAUUUUUAUCAGAAUUGAAGCUAUUAAAAGCCUAAAAUUUUCUAAAAACCAAUUAAUUGAACAUAUUUUAUUUAGAAUUUUUUAUCAAAUUGAAUUGUAUAUGAGUAAGUAUAUAAACAAAAACAUAUACGGAAAUACUGUCGACAGUGCAUUAGUUUCAAGGAUAAAAUACACAUUUGAGUUGGCAACGAGCCCAUACUGCUUCCUUUUCCUUUUUACUAUCUCUCCCUGGAGUGCAAAAAUACACAAACAAACAAAAGCAUGUCUGUAGACAAAAACCUAAACAGGUACACUUCCACUAUGCUCAGUAGAUAAUAAUUCGCAAAGAAAGAAUGAAGAAUUUAAAACUAAAACAACAAGAAUAGCGUAUAGAACAACUUUUACUCCAAAACUUGUGGUAGAACUUGCAGUAGUGCGAUCAGGCACAGACGUAGAAACGAUCCUAACUUAGCUGCUACAAAUAACACAACACAUCCAACCGAAGAUCAUUAAUAGAAGAAUACAUUGACGAAAUUAUCUAACUACUAUUCCUUCUUAGACGAAACA